CGAUACGAAAAGAAGAAAACGCUGGGCUUCUUUCUGGCACUCUGUUUCUUGCUGUUGUUGCGCUUUUGAUAGCCUGCGACGACGAAACAUACACCCUUGCUGCCCCUUCGUACCGAUCGAGACACCGAAGAGGACCGAAAGGCCGAGACGAACAGAUACAACGCGCACGCGUUUGCGUUUUUUUCCCUCUUUCGUCUCCUCGCUCUCCUCUCGAUAUAUAUACAUAAAACACAUACAUUACAUUAUAUAACUGCAUCAUGUCAAACUUCUUCGUCGAGCUCUGGGACGGCAUCUUCACGCCCGGCCCCACGCCCACCAUCCUCAAGGCCACAAACAUCACCUUUGCCGCCCUCCAGGUCGUCCUGCUGUCCCUCCUGUUCGCGACGUACAGCGUGCACUUUGUCGUGCUGUCGGUGCUCUGCGGCGGGCUGUGGUGGUCCAUCAACUGGUUCGCGCGCGAGCUGCGGAUCGCACAGGCCCUCGAGGAGGAGAAGAAGCAGAAGCAGCAGAAGCAGAAGCCGGCGCCCGUCGUCGCGGGCGAGGUGUCCGGGUCGAGCGACACGGAGGUUGAGGGCCGGGUGACGCGGCGGAGCGCGAGGAUCAAGAAGAGCGCCGCCUCCGCCUCCGCCGCUGCGGCUGCGGCUGCGGAUGUCGAGCCCGUGGAGAAGAGGGGGGAGCUGAAGCAGCGGCCGUUGACGGAGUCAGUGUCGAGUGUGAGCACUGAGGAUGAGUGGGAGCGGGUGUCUGAGAAUGAGAGGGAGAGGAAGUGAUGGGAGUUACUUUCACGGCAUCGUAUACCGUGGGCUCUUUGUGAACAAGCUUCCCUUCUAUCUCUGGGCGUGUGUCUCCCUCCGUGUACUAAAGGGAGCUCCGCCGUGUGUACAUAUAACUGAUCACUGUUGUAAGAUACAUGUGAAUCUGACAAGCAACGUCAUAUGACGAACUGCAUCCGUCUUCGU